UUUGGACGUCACGUUGUUCACGUUGUUCGUACUUUUGAGGAUGAAGUCCCAUGACAUGUAUCUUCCGCGUAUCGCGUAAGCGCGUAACUAAUAAAUUGUGACGUUUAGUAUUUCUGUUGGAAUUUCUAAAAGAAUAGAAAGAUGUGAUUGGUUAUGCGGUUACGCGUUAUGCAAAAAUACGUGCCAUGGGACUCCACUCUGACCGGCAUUAUAUGCAAAAACCAAAUGAACCUGAACCUGAGUCGUGUUCACGCAUGCGCCACAUCGUAUAUUCGACUAAUAUUUAUCACUACAAUGGUUAAUAUCUUUUGGCGGCAUAUGUAGAGCGAUUAAAUGCUUGUUAGGUUUAGUUAUUCCGGACUGUAUGUAUAGUUUAUUGUCGUAAAUUGUACGAUACUUUAUUUUUUGUUUGAUGAAUUGUUGAAAUUACGUUUUCCUGUGAAAGUGCCAAUAUUGACGUGUUUGCUAAGGCAUAAUUGCGAAUAUGUCACGAAUAUCGGAAAGAAUACGUGAAAUUUUAGGCUAUGGUGACAGCGUGAAAGUGACGGAACAAAAAAAAUGUGUAUCAGAACUGUUAGAAAUAUAUCAAAAUGAAGAUGCCCUUAAGGAGAUAGACCAACAUACAGAACAAAAAACUUGUAGACUUGUCAAUUGGUGUUAUAUUAUGCAUACUGCUCACAAGCUAGCUCUUAGCGAAGCUGAAAGACCUGGUAAGGAGACAAGCAUCAAGAACAAUGAGAGACAGGCUGUCAGUAGUCUAGUCAUCAAUACUGUCAGGCAAUCUCAUGAGAAAUCUACCAAGUUUUUGAAAAGUGACGAGAUAGUCCCUUUGAUAUUGCAAAUACUAGACUCAGAACAUUAUGCACACUAUCAGGAUACAUAUUUGGGAAUACUGGUCAAAUACAUAUUGCCUAAGAAUAUAAGUUUCAGUGAUAUCACUGCAAAACGAUGGAGAGAAUUGCUGGUGGUUUGCAAGAAGUUGUAUAAAAGAAAAUAUCUCAAAAAACAUAUUGUAUUGGAUGCAUUGCAGAUGAUUGUGGAAUAUUCCUUCCCACAUGCUAACUUGCUUGCAGAUGUAAAAGAUUCUCUGUUGUUUCUAGAGGAGAUCUUUGAGGAUGUGAAAACAAACGAUGAACAGUUGAUUGAGUCUUUUUACAAACUUGCUAAUAGUAUGUGUAGACAAAUCGCGACAGAAUCCAGAAUUACAUUGUGCAAGUUUAGUGAGACCAUAUUAAUGGAUGUGCUACAUUUGAAUGGCUCCGAGGAGAAAUAUAGGUUGCUGCUGAUUUUCCUGCAGAUUCAUCAUCCAGAAGGUAUUUCUAAGUGCGAUGAUGGUGCUUAUGCUUAUGACUGGAGAAAAUGGAAGGACUUACUGGAAAGAAUGUGCUUGCUUACCCAGGAAAACUGCAAAUUAGAUGUACAGUGGCGAGGUUUUGUCCAAUUUGCCAGCGAAGUUGUGAAGCAGAUAAUAGAUAACGUGAACAAUAUCACUUGUUCCCUCGACACGAGUUACAACAGCUUAUCUUUCCAACCGACCAAACGCAGGCGGAUAAUCAACAGGAUAGAGAACAUUGCUGAGUUGAUAAUAGAAAGCAGUCCUGAAGAAGUAUGGUCCUGGAUAAAAGUCUUGACAGAAACUUUGAAGAAGUAUCCGCAGUGCUUAAAGUCGCAGGAACUUGCGCCUUUAUUACAAUACUUGACAGAGUUCGCUCAGUCUUUACCACGAACAACCGAUUCAGCUGAAUCUAUGGACAAUUUGUACAGAUUAGCCACUGUUCUUAUGGAGAACGAAAUAUCCACUGGAGAGGUGCAGGACGCCACAAUUCAUUGGAGCAAGAUCUGGGACAUGUUACUGAGAUCUUUGGGAGCAAACCAGAACGAGGAAUCGACCCACGCGUUGGUUCGUUGUUUCAUAAGGCACAAUAGAAUGCCGAAUGCGAACGCCUUGUUCAGAUUGUAUCUGACCAAAGUGAUCCGUUGGACGCCGAAGAGCGUGCGAACGUUGCUGUUGCUGUGUAGACGCGUUUCCUUGCCGGAGGACGCAUCCGCGUCGGUCCUCGAUCCGUCGCCCUCUUCAACGCCAAUCUGUGACAGAACACGCCUCUUGGAAUGGUUACUGAAUGCACCUUGGCAAAAGCUGGCAGCUCGACUGCCUAUCGAUGAUAUCUGCUUUCUUUCUGUGAAUCUCGUCCUGAGUUCUCGUUGCCGACAGAAUAUUAGAACAGACUUUUUGCCGGACUUUGGAGACCCGAAAUGUUUACAAAACCACGAAGAAGCGCGCAAAACCGUAUCUGUGCCGUGGGACAUUCAUCAGACAGAUUUCUUACGACUGUGUUACUCGUCUUUGGCUUUGAAAGCGGAUUUGUUGGCGUGUACGAAGCACGAGCACGUUGAAACGAACUCCAAAACAAUUCCUGGUCCUGUCUCUUACGUGCAGGAAACGCUGAGGUUUCUGAAGCAACGACUGAACGAUUUUCUUCAAGAGGAAACCUCUAACGAUGAGGUCUAUGUCGUGUUGAUGAAGCUCGCGCUCUUGGCUCGAUUGUUAUCUGCUCUGAUGCAACUAGGCAGCCUGACGGAGGAUAUCGCUGAUGGUCCGUUGGUCGGUACGCUGGAGAAGUACUUGGCGAGUAGUUUCCAAAUCUUAGCGAACAUUAGCUCAAAGCACAAGACUUUGUACUUAUUGAGCGUGAUCAAGGCAUUGAGCAUGCUUUACGGAGGUACGUACGACGCGAAUAUCGCUAAAAUAAUCGUCUCCGCAACUACAGUGAACAUGUUGAAGAAAAUCUUCAACUUGUUAAACGUCAAUGACACCAACAUAGCCGAUUAUCGGUGUAACUCCGAUUAUUACGAAGAACCUGGUACUUAUCAAAGACACAGACGUUCCGUCGCUAAUUCGGAUACCUCACCCCUACCGACGUCUGGUCCUUCUCGCGAAGGCAUGAUCCGUCUAUGGGUGAUCGAGGCCUUGGCGUCUUUCUGCGCGUUGCACAUUGGUAAGAACAAAUCCGCGCUGCAGACGAAGACAAUGAAAAACUUGCUCAAACAGCAAGAUUGCAAGAGCCACGUGGACCUGAGAAUAUCUCUGACGAUCUUGGAGUCGUUCUCUGGAUACGACCAUAGUGAGAUCCAACGAGAGUAUGCAAAUACGCCGCUGAAGUUUCUGUUAAAAGUUUGUCAAGGGAAUCACAAGGACGAGGAAUCGUCGCGCAAAUUGCUGAAUCUUCUGCCGUUUUUCUUUGAGUACGCGAUGAAAUAUCAUUACGCCGAGGAGAUAUCGCCGAGGACGAUCAUUGAGACAUUGUCGGCCUUUUAUAAGCGCAUUCACAAACGAAACUGUGGAGUGCUCAUGCACGUAGACUACAUGUGGUGUAUCUGCAGCAUCGUACGGAUCGACCCGGACUUCUCCUGGAGCGCGAACGCUUUCGACGAGAUCACGAUGAUGCUGGACAGCGUACUCGGCUACAUUGGCGAUCCGCUCUUUGUGCUACGGACGCAGGCAGUGCGAUGUUUGCAGAAGCUCUUAUCCUUCGGGAACAUCGCUUACACGUGGAAAGAAUGGAUGUUUGUCAAGGUGGAGAGGACGGUGCUCGAGUUGCUUAACAUAAACGAGCAAUCGGAUUCGCAAAGCUCUCUGAAGACAUGUCAACAAGAAGACGAGAGGGAGACCAGAGUGGCCACCUCGUUGGUGACUUUAGCUUCCGUGGCAUGCGCCAACGGAGUGCUUCAGGGUCGCGCCUUAAGCUCCAUGUUGCAGCUGACGAUGAAUAGCGAAGUGCAAGCACAGAAAGUGCAGAAAGUCCUUUCGGCGGCGAUGCGACAAACUAUAUACACCUCGCUGUUCGAGGAUAAUCUGAACUACUUGUUAACGUCUUGGCUCGACGCGAAGUAUCCAUUGGAGAAGUUUCCGUGGACACUCGCAGGAUGCCAGACUGCGGUUGAGUUCUUCAAAAGAUAUAUCAAUUACAUAGUUCCGCUUCUUCUUCGUACUUCGGAUCUCAGCAAAACCGUGUUCUUCUGUAUCAAUGUCGGUGUAACAUUCGCCGACGUCUUCGUGGACGUUUUUCCAUCCUGCUUCGUUUGGUUGAUAUCUUGCGUAUGCGAUAAAACGGCGAUUAACAGCGUCGCCAUGCAAACGCUGAAGAAGCUGCAGAAGAACAUAGACGAGUUUGCGUCGAUACGCAAUUUCACCCGAUUACUUGCCGACCGACUGCAGAACAUUUUCGUGGAACUGGUGCAACGGCUGUGCGAUGAGGAGCAUUUUAAGCAUUUAUUCUCGUUCAGCGCGGCGUCCUUUCCAGAGGAUGACCCACCGCAUUUCUCUGCGGUUACGGUAGAUCGGUGUUUCAGCUACCUCGAGCAAGAGUAUUUAAUGAAACCGUUGACGCGCGUGCUGGUCGAGCAGCAACCGGCAGCGCUGCAGAAGACGUUGCUGCAACUGGCGAGCGCCGUGCACUCGUCGCGCUCCAGCGAGGGUAAGCUGAAGAGACUGCAUCAGUACGCGUACUUCUGUCACAAGUUGAUGGAAGACCUCAAGGAACCAUAUUUCGAUGAUAUGGCUGCGUUCUUGAUCAGAGACGUGUGUUAUAGUCUGUUGCACUUAACUGGAAGCGACGAAAUCUUGUCUGCCGCGUGUUGCAAGUUCCUGGACAAGUUUCUGAGACAAGCAUUGCCGACGAGGGCCGCAGAAGUUCAGGAUGUUCUCAGAUUCAUCGUGGCGAACCUGAUCGGCUUGGCACAAAGUGCGAACAGCUCCGAGCUCGCUUUGAAUCUGCUCGGGUUUCUUAUAGUGGAGCAAAGGGAUAUUCUACGCGAGUCCAUCGCUAAACUCAGUUCGUUCCCAAAUCUUGAGAUCUUCCGAAAUGUUAGAGAGGCUCAUAAGGCUGUCAGAUAUGCAGACGGAGCGGUGCGUCUUGAGGAAGAGUUGGAGCGUUUCCUCGACGCUAUGAGCGACGGGAACGCCGAAUGCACAUUGGAGGACCUCGCGAAUUUGACGCAACAGCUAUCGAUACGGAAGAAAGAGUUAAAGGAAUUACACCGGAAAUUGGAAAGACCAUAUCCUGAGGAUGGCGUCAGCAUCUUGCAUCAAGUGAUAUUCAAAUUAAUGAAGCUGGCGGAGUCAUCUAACGCGCGUAUUUCGAUGGAGGCCACGAGGUGUCUUGGCGAAUUGGGCCCGACAGACUCCACGAUGGCCUUGCGGCCUUCGGAAAGUCUAGUGCGCGAAGCGGAUCACAUGAUAGAGGCUUUGACGUAUCGAUCCGUUACGAUGUUGACGAGCUUUCUAGUGGAAAAUGCAGUGAACUUACGCAAGGCUAGCGCCGAUGCUCUUUAUACAGUGUUCUCAACCACUUAUGGCCAAAAACUGUCCAAUCCUAAGUAUAUGCAGAACCUAUCAGACAUUCACGCCAAUUGCAUGCCCCUGAAGAUAGAUUACAUCCGACCGUUUAUUCAGUGUCAUGCUGUUAUGGACAAAUCUUUCUCCGUGAAUUUCGCGAAAGUUCGCAUUAUCAUGGACCCGGAGAACGCGCUGUGGACCAUCAAGAACGGCGAGAAUUACGCCGAUUGGAUUGUCAAGAUCACCUGCGGUGUCGCCGAAUGUUUUACGGAUUCUUAUUUGAACAGUUUCUUGUCGGUCUGCUGGCUUAGUGUCAAGUUCUGUGAGCUCAUCCUGCCGAGGAUUAUUUUCCUUAUCACUCAACGGUGCGAGAGUUUUUUCGGCGCUUUGUGUGACUGCGUUAAUCAGUUCUUCAGGUAUCACUUCGCGAUCGAUCACGAAGUCGAGGUCGCGACAUCGUCGACGUCGCUCGCUCGUGGCAGCUGCGACCGCAACAUCGUGCGCCGCAUGUUGGAUGUGGUGAACCACGUGCGAACGCAACUGCCGGACAACAUGACUCUAAAGCUCGAUUACAUCUAUCUCGCGCGAGCGGCUCACGAGUGUUCCGCAUAUUACACGGCGUUGCUAUUCGCGCAGUUGGCCUGUGAGUCGUUUUCCACGGACUAUCCCGACUUCAGCAGCGACCCGAAAAUCGAUUACAUCUACGAACACCAACCGCAAUUCGGUCGAGUGCUGCAGGACAUCAUGCAAGACACGUAUCUGAAUAUCAGCGAUCCUGACGCGAUUUGCGGCGCUGGCUCGUCGUAUUUAGUCGACCACAAUUCUAGAGUGCAGUAUUAUGCUCGCGCCAAUAGCUGGGACAAAGUCAUGUUGGCGCAGGACAUCGAGCUGUCCUACGACAAUCCGCUAGCCGCCAAAGAGAUGUCGAACGCGUUGCAUCAUUUUGGAUUGCAGUUUCUUCAGUGGCAAUUUCUCAGCAAAAACCUCGACGAGAAAUUCAGUUACGAAUGCGCCUGGAGACUCAGCAACUGGAAUCUGUUCGUCAACGAUACUGCUACGAGUCAUAACGACUCGACACUGCCGCGACUAGAGUCUCUGGAAAAUUCAUUUCAUCAGCAUCAUUAUCACGCCCUGAAAUACUUCCACGAAAAUGACCAAAGGGGAACGGAGAGAGCGCUCGAGUGCGCUCGUCGAAGUGUGAUAAGUUCACUGAAAGUCAUCAGUUUAGAGAGCAGCAAAACUGUUAAUGAGAAACUAUCCCAGUUACGUCUACUACGCGAGAUCGAACAACUGAGCUUGACUGAUUUGCAGGAAUAUCCGGAGAUACUGCAACGCUGGGACGAGCACGAGAUCCUGACCGGUCAAUUUGAGUAUGUAGAACCGAUCCUACAACAGCGUAUCGUAAUGUUCCAGAUCAAAGAAUCUCUGAAGACGGAUACGAACAUGCAGAAGGCAUUCUUCACGACCUGCCUGGACUUAGCAAUGAUUGCCGAAGGUCAGGGCAACUUUCCGGUUGCUACUAGGACACUAGGCACUUUGGCGAAACACCGGGAUCUGUCCGAAGACCUCCAAAACCAACUACUUUAUCAGGAAUCUCUCCUGGCAUGGAUGACGCGCGAUAAUAAAGUAGCGCGUCGUUUGUUGCGUAAUUUAAUCGAAAAGAGAAAUAUGAGACCCAGUUUAAGAGCGAAGGCUCUUCGAGUUUACGGCGAUUGGAUGGCGGAGACGAAGUCGGAGAAUCCGCAGAUGAUACAGAAAUAUUACUUGGAAUCAAUCGAAACCAGCAACUCUAUCGACGAGCAGACGCCUGAUGUUAUUAAAAACUUGAACGACGCACAGGUCGCAUUAGCGCGUUUCGCAGAUGCGCAAUACGAACAGAUCAGCGACUACAUGAAAUCGUCGACUUACGAGUCUUUCAAGGAGGUCGCUCGCACCGCAAUUAAAGUCGAUAUGGCACAAAUGAAGAACCAGGAUCUUAAGCGCGCUGUGAUAAUCAGCCAAAAGCAGUCGACGAAUGAUGCGGCUGAACUGAAGAAUAACGAGCAACAGAGGCGCAACUAUCUAUUGCAGACUCUGAAAUAUUAUCUCAAGACUCUGCAAUGCAGCGAGAAGCAUAAUCUUCUCAUCUUUCGACUAGUAUCGCUCUGGCUGGACAAUAUGUUUGACGAGGAGGUAAACGAGUUCAUGAGCGAGUUGGAAAACGUGCCGUCCUUUAAGUUCGUUCCGUUAGUACCGCAACUGGCUGCUCACAUCAGCAACGAUUUGAAGAGUAGUUUCUCCGCGAGGAUUUUUAACAUUCUCUUGCGUUGCGCCCUGGAACAUCCGUAUCAUACAUUACCAGUAGUGCUGGCUAUGAAAAAUUUGCACAGCGAUGACGAUUUUGAUUCGAGUGCGGCCACAAAAAAGGAGGAACGUCGCGUAUUGGGUGCUAAAAAGCUUCUCAACCAAUUGGCCGACUCGCCGGUAUCGGCGACUAUCGACGAGAUGGAAAAUCUGUCGAGGGCCUUGGUGAGUUUGGCGUAUUGGCAACCCAAUAAGGGCAGUGUGCAGCUUGGAAAAUCCUACCAGAUACCGCGGAACCAACCAAUAUUGAAAAUCAAGAACCUGAACAAUGUUCUCUUACCGACCCUGAACUUACCCGUGAAACAAUCUGGUAAUUAUAACAACGUAGUCGGCGUGAGGUCGUAUAGUAAUACUUGCGAGUUCGUUGGCGGCGUGAAUGUUCCCAAGAAGAUGAUCUGCGUCGGCACGGACGGUGUACAGCGCCGACAGCUAGUCAAGGGUAAGGACGACCUCAGACAAGAUGCAGUGAUGCAGCAGGUGUUCACCGUGAUAAACACGCUGUUGAGAACGUGUAAGGAGACCAAGCGGCGGAAUCUGCGGAUCAGAACCUACAAAGUGGUGCCACUGACACAGAGAUCGGGCGUGCUGGAGUGGUGUGAUAAUACGUUGCCGAUUGCGAUGACAUUGACCGGCCAGUCGAACACGCCCGGUUUGCACAAAAAGUAUUAUCCGCACGACAUGACCGUGGAAACGGCGAGAAACAAGAUGAAAAAUGUCGCACAAGAACCGAACGAGGUAAAGCUGAAGGUAUUUCUCGAUUGCUGCAAACGGAUGAAACCGGCAUUUCAGCAUUUCUUCGAGGAGAAAUAUCUGUCGCCUGAGACCUGGGUGGAAAGAACUCUCACGUAUACGCGCAGCGUUGCCACUACAUCAAUUGCAGGCUAUAUUCUAGGUCUAGGAGACAGACAUCUGAGUAAUAUCCUUAUCGACGAACGAACUGCCGAGGUGGUGCACAUCGACUUCGGUGUAGCCUUCGAGCAGAGCAAAGUUCUGCCUAUUCCGGAAACCAUUCCUUUCAGACUGACUAGAGAUAUCGAGGUUGCUAUGGGUGCAUCUGGCAUCGAGGGUACUAUGAGACGCAGCUGCGAGGUGACCAUGACAAUGUUGCGUGAUCAGAAGCAAAUUAUCAUCACCCUUCUGCAAGUUCUACUCUAUGAUCCGUUGUUCACAUGGGCUAUCACGCCGGAGAAAGCGUGCAAGAUGCAGAGCGACGUCGUGAAGGGCUUCUCCGAGUGCGGACGUGCGCCCGUGGAAACCAAUAAAAUCGCCAAGAGGGCUCUUUUGAGGAUUGAACAAAAGCUACAAGGGACAGAAGACUGUUUGGUGUCCAGUGUUUCGGGACAGGUGGAGAGGCUUCUGCAAGAAGCGCGAGACCCGGCAAACUUAUCUCGCGUUUAUUGCGGUUGGCAACCGUACUUGUAAAUAUUUUAUAUUUCUUUAUAUCAGAUUAUUGUUGCGUGAUCUAAUCUAUAUUGUACAUAUUAGUUAUGUUUUCAUACAUUUUUAAAAUAAAACAGUUCAUCGAUUGAUAAGUUAUAUUGGUUUCAAAAUUCAUCGAUAUCGAUAUGUAUUUCGAGAGCCAUUCGAAAUUUCGAGAGUAUCGAUAUAUCUCGUUAUCCACCAUCAUAUAUCCACCAUCGUUAUCGCACUUAUUGAUACGUCAAUCGAAAUUGUUUCUUCAAUUGGCACGUGAGGCAUUGACGAGAUAUUAUUAAGACUCCUGGCCCCUCGUAUUGUUUAUCUCUUUAAUGACGUCAGAAACGAGAAAAUGCAUGCUAAAAAUU